GUUAAUAGAAUAACCUAAUAUUUUUAAACAUUUAUAGCAGUAGAUAGAAAAUUUACCAUUUUAAUAUUACAUAAAUUUAUUUCAGACUAACAUCUGUAAUAAAUAAAUCAAGAGAGCAGAUCAUUAUUUUUGAAGCCUCUUAUCAAUAGAUAACAGUUUUGGGUGUUUUCUACAAAAUUUCCCAAAGUUCAAUGGAUUGUCUCAAUUCAGGCUUAAACUAAUCUCUAAGACUUGAUAUUCCAUAAAUCAUAGAAGCAGAACAUUUGCUUUCUUUGAAACCAAUAUGUUCCUUCCACAAAGAGAGCCCUACUGAUCUCAGCAGGAAUCUAAUGAAUUCCCAAAUAAUUCAUCUUCCUUUUGGCAGGCAAGUCUUUCCCCAGGCUCUUUUCUCAGUUCUUCUACUAUCGGCAUCAGCCAUCCUUCUCUUCAUUUCCUUCUACUUCAGCAACCUCUUAGCUCCAUUCCAGAACAAAUUCUCAGUUCCUUCCUCCUCUACUUUGUCAACACUGCUCUUGUUACCUAAUACUUCUUCUUCUUCUUUUGUUUCUUCAUCCUUGUCUUCUUUCCCCUUCUCCACCUCCUCUUCUUCUUCUUCUUCUUCCACAUCCACUUCUGAUAAAAAAUGCAACAUAUCGAAAGGGGAAUGGAUCAGAGAUCCAAAGGAGCCAUACUACAGCAACAUUACAUGCUGGAUGAUACAGGAGCACCAGAACUGCAUGAAGUAUGGGAGGCCUGACAUGGAGUUUUUGAAUUGGAGGUGGAAGCCAGAUGGCUGCGAGUUGCCGGCCUUCGAACCGGUUCGAUUUCUUGAGCUUGUGAGGGGGAAGUCCCUAGCCUUUGUGGGGGAUUCUCUCGCCAGGAACCAUAUGCAGUCAUUGAUGUGCCUUUUGUCCAGGGUGGAAUAUCCAAAGGACAUAUCCAACACCUCUGAUGAGAACUUCAAACGCAUGUUUUAUACAAACUACAACUUCACCAUCUCUAUUUUUUGGUCUCCAUUCCUAAUAAAAGCUAGGGAAACAAAUCCACAAAGCUCAUCAAGGGUUAACUAUAUGUGGAACCUCUACUUGGAUGAAGUAGACACUAAAUGGGCAACCCAAAUAGACGAAUUCGACUACUUGAUCAUAUCGGCAGGUAAUUGGUUCACUCGACCAUCAUUAUUCUACGAAAAGGGUCAGCUUAUUGGGUGCAACUAUUGUGAUCAAUACAACAAUGUAACUCAACUAACAUUACAUUACUCUCAUAGAGAAGCGUUUAAAACUGCUUUUCACGCCAUUAACAAACUCAAAAAAUUCAAAGGUAUCAUUUUUCUAAGAACUUUAUCUCCUUCACAUUUUGAGAACGGAGAGUGGAAUAAAGGAGGUAAUUGUGUCAGGCAAAGACCGUUUCAACGUAACGAAACAACAUUCGAGGGUUUCGAGCUCGAGUUUUAUAAGGCUCAAAUCGAGGAGUUUAGGGUUGCAAAGGAAGAAGGGAGGAAAAGGGGGUUGGAGUUCAGGUUAUUGGAUACAACAGAAGCUAUGGUUUUAAGGCCCGAUGGGCAUCCUAGCCGGUAUGGGCAUUGGGCUCAAGAGAACGUCACCUUGUACAAUGACUGUGUCCAUUGGUGCUUGCCAGGGCCUGUUGAUGUAUGGAAUAGCUUUCUCUUGUAUAAUUUAUAGGCACCUAAAAAAUGAUUUGAUUUAAUCAUUUUCCUCACUUUAAUUGUUUUUUAGAGAUGGCAA